UAACUAAAGUUUGUUUAUGUUCGAUGACCAUGUGGCGUACUGUACAUGUGCUCGACGUAGAUUUUUGUUUUUGUAAAUGUUAUCUAAUUUAGAUAUAAUAAUUAAUCAAAGUAUUUAUUAAAAUUAAGUAUUACAAUAUAUCUUGUGAUGUCAGAGAAACGUUUGGGUGGCUUAAUUAUGGUUGGUUUAACUGGAUUUGUAGGUUUUGGUAUAACUUUAGUAUCCCUUCCGUUCUUAUUUCCCGCUUUUCGUCGAGUUUGUCUCCCGUUUCUUCCUGCGACUAAAAGACAAUUAGAUCUCGUUUUUACUCAUCUUAAUGGAAGAAAAGGAAAGUUGGUUGAUUUGGGAAGUGGUGAUGGACGAAUCGUAAUAGAGGCAGCAAAGAGGGGAUUGUUGGCUGAAGGAAUAGAAUUGAAUCCUUGGUUAGUACUAUAUUCAAGAGCCAAAGCAUUGACAAAUGGUGUUUCGGGAAAUACCAGAUUUAAAUGUCAAGAUUUAUGGAAGGUUAAUCUAAGUCCUUACAACAACAUAGUAAUAUUUGGCGUUGAUUCUAUGAUGGCACAACUGGAAGAAAAAUUGGCCAUGGAACUUGUUGAUGGUUCGUGGGUAAUUGCGUGCCGUUUUCCCCUUCCGUCUUGGAAACCCAUUACUAUCACCGAAGCGGGAGUCGAUUCGGUUUGGGUUUAUGAAAGAGGAAUUUCAGAUGCUAGAUCUACUAAUAGUCAGAGAAACAUAGACAAUAAAUCUUAAUAAAUUACUAUGUUAGAAGUUUUGUAAGAAGAAAUGUAACUCUAUUACAUUGAAAAUUUAGAAAAUAUUGUUACUAAAAAUUUUCUAGCUUAUUUAUCUGAAGAAUGAAUUAUUCAUAAUGUAUUUACAUAUUGUUGUUAGAUUA